UCAGAUCUCCAUCUGCUUUUCCCCUGUCGGGAGAAACGAAGCCGAUGUACAUCAUCAUGGAAGCCGCCUCCGCUUCCUCUUUUCGCUGUAGACGGUCCCUUGCCGUAGGUACCACGCUCUCACAUCGUCAGCCUGUCAUUUCCGUCAUCGAGCUUGGGGGAUCUGGCACCCGAAGCUAGUGCGUCAAGCGGAUGCUUGUGUACCGCGCCCGCUGUAUGCCUUCUUCUCUGUUCUCUGUCAUUUGCGCCGUUGCGAGGCGUCCAAUCCCCGAGGAAGCACAUUGCUCCCAAUCCGCCGAGCCGCCUGUGCAACAUCGUCACCCCAAGAGCGCAUAGAGAGCGAUUGAGUUCUCCAGGCGCUAGGAUUAGUGUGUCAGGGAGGAUUGAAUAGACAUGGGAGACGAGAACGCGAGGAACAUUUCAGUCGAGCCAUCUGUCGAACUUCCGGAUCUUGAAAACAACCUCGCAGAAGUCAAAGAGAGGGACCUUGUCACACCGCGGUCGGCAGAAGCUGAUAGAGAAGAUACUUCAUCAAACGACUCCGACGGAGAUGGAGACGAUGCCAGCAGCAUACGAAGUAUCGGCGGCCAGACAAACGCGCUUUCGACCAAACGCCUCCUAGUCGCGAUUCCAGCCCUCUCAGUAGCGCUCUUCGUAUCCUUCAUAGACACAACGAGCGUCGCCACAUCGAUACCCGCAAUCUCAUCAGAUCUAGAUACGGGAACAGCCACCUCAUGGAUAGGUAGUUCCUUUCUUGUAGCCUCGACCGCCUUCCAGCUGAUCAACGGCCGACUAUCUGAUAUUUUCGGAAGAAAGAACUGCCUCCUCCUGUGUUUGGCUUUGCUUGGAAUAGGAGACAUCGGCUGCGGCUUUUCGCAAAGCAAGGAGAUGCUCUUCGUCUUCCGCUCAAUAGCUGGCAUCGGUGGCGGUGGCAUCAACAGCCUUGCAAUGAUCAUCGUGUCCGACAUCACCACCCUCGAGAAUAGAGGCAAAUACCAGGGUAUAUUCGGGGCCGUCAUAGCACUAGCCAACGGCACCGGUCCCUUCGUCGGUGGCGCCCUCGUCGACUCCGCAACCUGGCGCUGGGUGUUCUGGAUUGUACCUAUGCUCGCAAUCCCCGCCGCCGUCGUAAUUUUCUUCUUCCUUCCCCUAAAGUACGAGAAAGGCAACUACAGGGAGAAGGUGAAGAAGAUCGAUUAUGGAGGCAUUGCGCUCAACCUUGCCGCCGUACUACUCGUGCUUAUUCCGCUAUCUGGAGGCGGCGUUCAAUAUGCCUGGGACUCAGCACUCGUCAUCGCUAUGCUUACUGUUGGUGCUUGCACCGCAAUCGCAUUCGUGUUGUACGAGUGGAAAAUUGCACCAAUUCCAAUCAUGCCUGUUCGCUUGGUCAGAUACCCGUAUUGUCCGUCGCUGUAUCUCCAAAACUUCUUCACGGGGAUGUGCUUCUACGGGAACUUCUUCUAUCUGCCGCUGUAUUUCCAAUCCGUGCUCGGACACUCUGCCCUUAUGUCUGGGGCUCUACUGCUCGCGGUCAUUGUCCCCACCUCAUGCACGAGCAUUGUCAGCGGGCAGCUGAUGGCAAGAAGCGGACGAUAUCUUUGGAUUGUUAUCGUCGGGUUCGUGUUGUGGACGCUCGGGACGGGCUUGAAGUGCGCGUUCAAUCGAUCGACCGAGAUCUGGAAAAUCGUGCUUGUACUCCUUGUUGAGGGGCUGGGCAUUGGAAUGACGCUGCAACCGACGCUCGUUGCUAUCCUUUCGAAUUCGGGCAACGCCGACAGAGCCGUCGCUACCGGCCUGCGCAACUUCAUCCGCACCAUAGGCGGCGCCUUCGGCCUCAUCCUCUCCGGAGCCAUCCUGUCCAACAUCCUAGACAACCAGCUGUCACACCUUCCGUUCAUGACGCGAGAUAUCCUCCGCAACCUCACCUCUUCUACAUACUCGCUGGCCAAGCUGGGCUUUACAAAGCAAGAGAUGGAAACGGUAUUGGACUCAUACAUGACCGGUAUUCGAUAUAUCUACAUCCUAUACGCGGCCGGAACGGGCGUGAAUCUCAUUCUCUGCACCUGGAUCGGCAAUACGAGUUUGAAGGCGAAAAGGCCUGAUGAAGAGACCGAGGUGGAGGCGGAGGCUGAGGGUGCUCCUGAUCCGCGGCCGCUUCAGGAGGAGCAGGGCCAGGCAGCGAAGGAGGAGCAGGGCAAGACAGCUUGAUUGCAUUGGAGUGGAGUUUAUCUAGCAUGGGACGAGUGUGGAUCUCUUGCAUCGUCAAUCGCAUCAAAACAUGGAAACGGUGGAAAGCAUUGCAUUGCAUCUGUAGCGUAGCAUUGAAUCUAUCUCUCGCAUCAUCAUCAUCAUCA